UCACAGCCUCGAUCCUCACAGCCUAGAUCCUCACAACCUCGAUCCUCACAGCCUCGAUCCUCAGAGCCUCGAUCCUCACAGCCUCGAUCCUCACAACCUCUAUCCUCACAGCCUCGAUCCUCACAGCCUCGAUCCUCACAGCCUAGAUCCUCACAACCUCUAUCCUCACAGCCUCGAUCCUCACAACCUAGAUCCUCACAACCUCGAUCCUCACAGACUCGAUCCUCACAACCUAGAUCCUCACAACCUCUAUCCUCACAGACUCGAUCCUCAAAGCCUCGAUCUUCACAACCUAGAUCCUCACAACCUAGAUCCUCACAACCUCGAUCCUCACAGCCUCGAUCCUCACAGCCUAGAUCCUCACAACCUCUAUCCUCACAACCUCUAUCCUCACAACCUCUAUCCUCACAACCUCGAUCCUCACAGCCUCGAUCCUCACAGCCUAGAUCCUCACAACCUCUAUCCUCACAACCUCGAUCCUCACAACCUUUAUCCUCACAGCCUCUAUCCUCACAGUUUAGAUCCUCACAGCCUAGAUCCUCACAACCUCUAUCCUCAAAUCCUCUAUCCUCACAGCCUCGAACCUCACAGCCUCUAUCCUCACAGCCUCGAUCCUCACAGCCUCGAUCCUCACAGCCUAGAUCCUCACAACCUCUAUCCUCACAACCUCGAUCCUCACAACCUUUAUCCUUACAGCCUCGAUCCUCACAGCCUCGAACCUCAAAGCCUCGAUCCUCACAACCUUUAUCCUCACAGCCUCAAUCCUCACAACCUUUAUCCUCACAGCCUCUAUCCUCACAGCAUCUAUCCUCACAGCCUCGAUCCUCACAACUUUGA